UGCUGAUCAAAAAUAGCCAUUAUGAAAUUGUACCGCCCCCCGUUUUGAGCAAAAGUCGAAUCAAAAAGAAAGAGAAACUGAGCUACUCAUGACAUUUCCCUAUUUUUCGGAACACCACACCGAAAACACACAGAAGCGCCCAAAUCGUGGCACUACCUUCCCAGCCUUUCCGACUGUGAUCUCCGCUAGUAACGUGUACGAAAAGACGAUGGCUACAGCACAGCAGACAUCAACCAGCAGCAGCGGCAAACCGAAGGAUAAAAAAUCCCAAGAGGAGAUCUAUGCCGAGUUCCAGCAGCUGCGAAAUCAACAACGAAAUUUGAUUAAUAAUCUCAACACACUCGAGAUGGAUCUCAAAGAACACAAAACAGUGAUCGACACACUGAAAACAGUUGAACCGGGACGAAAAUGUUUCCGUUUGAUCGGAGGAGUUCUAUGCGAGCAGACGGUGGAAGUCGUGUUGCCACAGCUGGUGCAAAACAAAGAGCAGUUGGAGAAGCUCAUCGAAAAUGGAAAAGACCAAAUCAGCAAGAAAGGAGUCGAAAUUAAUCAGUUCAAGGAUGAGUACAAUAUUAAAAUUCGAGGUCAAGACUCAGCACCUGCAGCCGCUAGCGAGAAGGAAAGUACCGACGAUAAGACCCCCGCUUCCGGGAAUCGUAACGUGUUAGUAGGAAACCUGUAAAGAAAAGCUGCUUUCCACCGUUCCUACUAUUGAAUUAUACUUAGCAUCUGAGUGGGAUUCAUCCCAUUCCGCACUCGCUUGCACUGCAGGACUAAGGGGCGACGCUAUGCCCUGUGGUUGUAAUAAUUGCUAUUAUUUUUCCUUCACUUCGUGUAAGUUGCGAUUUUCGCUGGUCGGAACGGCAAGACGAUCUCCGUUUUAUUGGCACCCAAAGUAAUGUUCUGAUCGUGGUAGUCGAGAGAAGAAGUGAUAAAAGGAGGAUUAUAGGACUCGUUAAUGCAAAUAUUACAAACCCUUUUAAUUAUUUACAUAAUUGCUAAUCAUGUAGGAAUUAAUGUGUCUAUGUAACACGAAUAAAUCAGAGAUCACCCAUAAUUUAAUAAACACUAACGAGAAGAAUUAUUUUUUCAAACCGGUCUUGACCACUUUGUCGGUUGAAAAAAAUUGAACUUAACAAAA